UCAUCGAUGUUUUUCCAUCGCUAGCGGAUUUGUGGAAAUUUCCGCAAAAUAAAAAUAAAAAUAGAAGUCGCUCGGCUUGGCCAACUAGCAAGCGAUGCACAAAGGGGCGCCACCUUGGCAAGUGGGCGGUGCCAACGAGGCAGCCAGAUUGCUGGCUGGCCACCUGGCAGGGACUCCCGCAUCGGGUGCUGAAGGGGAAGAGGCUGCGGCCACGAAACACCAACAACCACUGAUAAGAAGUGAAAGGUGGUGGUCCUGCAUUCGCAGGCUGGUCGUCCUGACCCUCCUGGUCCUGCUCCUCAACGCCAUUCCCCUGCCCUCAAGCAAUGCCACCCACAUCAGCGGACAGUUCCAGACGGAGGACUUCUUCCAGUUCCUGGUGAAAUUCGGCUUCAACAAGGCGGAUCCCACGCGGCGGAAUGCCUUCGGAUACAUCUACGGCAACAUCACGUCGCCGGAUAAGUACGGGGCUCCCCUCACCCUCGUCGUCCUGGACAGGAGCACCUUCCUCGAGUUCUACGGCAAUCGCAGCCAGCGCAGCAGGGAGGCCGCCUGCACGGGCAUGUUCUCCCGCCUCCAGAGGAUAGCCUACGACUCCACGUGCAAUCCGCGUGCCAAGAGGGACUUUAUGAGGCACGUCCCCUGUCCUGUCAAUCAGCUAUGCAGCGAUGAGGAUGCACCCGCAAACGUCGUCCCGGGAUCGCAGUUCACCUAUGUUAUCAACCUAGAGGCGGAACCAAGAUUCUGGUACCUCUCCCUGGUGGCCUGCUAUCAGAACCAGAGCACCUGCCAGUGGCACGCCCACGAGAGCCUGCCCAGGCUGAGCAAACUCAGCAGCAACCUUCUGAACACCCUGCACUACGACAUCCACCUGGUCAACCUACACCCGAACAACUCGGCCGCUCACCCACUCACCUACCAGUACUCGUACGAUCAGCAGAACCUUCUGGAAAUGUACCUCGUGUUCCUGCUCGUCUACAUAGUGCUGCUGCCCAUGCAAAUUUACGCGGUGCGGCGGCAGAAGCAUCCAGUGACCAAGUUGUUCACCCUCAGUCUGCUCAGCGAGUUCGUCAGCUUGGCCCUAAUCACCGCCCAUCUGAUUCACUAUGCGGCCAAUGGAGUGGGGGAGCCGAGGCUGCAGGCGGCAGGCGAUGUCCUGGACAUUCUGAGCCGCACCACCUUCAUGCUGAUCCUGUUGCUACUGGCCAAAGGUUGGGCUGUGACUAGGCAACAAAUAAGCAGGACUGGUUGGAUCAUCCUAAUGUCCAUCUGGGUGCCAUACUGCGCGUUUCACGUGUUCCUUUACAUCUGGGAUAGGACGGAAGUCGACGUGGUUUCCGACAUCGACGAGUACCAGACCUGGCCCGGCUGGAUAGUCCUAAUCCUACGCACCUCCUUCAUGAUGUGGUUCCUGUACGAGCUGCGCAACACCAUGAAGUACGAGCACUCCACGAAGAAACUUGACUUCCUGCUGCAUCUGGGCGCCUCCAGUUUGGUGUGGUUCAUCUACCUGCCCAUCGUUGCCAUUGUGGCGCUGCAGGUCAGCCCCAUGUGGCGCUACAAGCUGCUCCAGGGCAUCACCAACUCGGCCGAUUGCAUGGCCUACUGUGUGAUGACGGGACUGUUGUGGCCACAUCGAGCUGGCCAAUACUUGCUCCUAGCGGGCACCAAGUAUGCGGGCAUGGAUGAGUUGGACGAGUUCAACGAAGCGCCCCACAUUGUCAGAGAGCGUGAGAGGCGUCGCAACUCCCCGCCCGACGAUAUUUCCAUUGGAACGGGGAGCGGCGGAGUUCGGGGGAUGGUGUUGUCCACAAGCAUUCCACAUUCACUGAACGGCGAUGCCUGCAACGAUCUGCUGGAGGCGGAGGAUCUGGACGCCGAGCUGCUCACCGAUCUAAACAAAAACAGCCAUAUUGUGGCGUAGAUGCAACGGGUUAAUUACUAGCUGUAGAAGUCAAUUGUGCUAAAUGAAACACGGAAUGUUAAUCAUCCUAACAAUUAAUCAUACAUUUAGCUAGAUUAGAGUGGGUUGAUUUUUUGACAAAGUAUUUUAGAAGUAUGCACUUAUGAUUGAUAGCUAAAAAAUUAGGACUUUGGUUGUGAAAAGAAACUUUUAUUACAAUGAAAUAAUAGAGGUAUUUAUUCCUGAUAAUUUUCCGGUGACAAGACGUUAAAACUGAAGUGAAGUAAAUGAUAGCAUGACCAUCCAAUGAAUGAUAUUAAAUAGUUGGCCAUAUAUUUCUGUAUCGAAAUGUGUUUCCUAAAAGUGAAUGCAAAAGGCUUCCGUUUUCGAAUGUCCAAAAAUCGGCCCACCAUAACCUAGAUAUAAACUUAUCUGCGUGUAUAUUCCAUGUAGUGUUUACCACUUACAACGAAGUCAGAGCGAGUGCAGCAAAUGCAUCAGAGAUUGUUGUGUGAUUUUAUGUAAUAUGCUUGAAUUUAUAAUUAGUUUCUAGUUAUCGCAUAGGAGAACGAUUCGAUACAAUACGCUUCAGCAUCAUCAUUUCGUUGCGGUAGUAUUGCAUAAGCUUACAUUUUACCGACUACCAACUACCUACUAAGAUAAGCAUAGAUUCCCAAACAACCAGCGGUAUUUUGAUAAGAACAAACCAAACACAAGCCAACGUCUUUAGAAAAACACUUGAAAUGCUACAGAAAGAUAGCGAAAUAAAUGAAUCAUUUUUAGAUAAGUA